GCAGUACGUACCGCCGCUGUGGUUGUCCCGUCAGGCGGCGGUAAGUACCGCCACGUCGUGUUGAGACAAAGUUGCAUUGGUCGUGUUCCACCGCGGAGACCAUGUUGGAAAAUGGCGCCGAAGGCCGAACAGUUUUGUGGUUGUUUUGGUAAUGUGAAAAAAUAACGUCUCGAGCGAUGGCUUCAAAAGAAACCAAUCAACUAAGAGAAAAUGAACUUCAGGCUUUGCAUCAUUCUAUUGAACAGUUGAACUCUGGAAAUUCAGAAGUAAGCUUUCAAAAUGAUAGCUUAGAGAAUCAAAAGACCAGCAAAAGAAAACGGGCGAACCAAGCCGAUGUACAAACUCAAACUCCCGAGAAGUCUAAAAGACGCAAUGCGCCUGAAGAAAACCUCAGUGAUCCAAAUAAUCCAAUAGAUGAAAUAUUAGAAGUCGAUGCAGAGGAAUCGGGUGCAGAUCUCACUGUCCAACUUACUAAAAAAGAUGUUGUUGAACUGCUGUUUGAAGAGGAUUUUUCUUCGUCUGAUGAGGAAACUCCUAAACCAAGCAAUGAUAUUCCUCGUGUACAACAACCCACAGAGAACAUUCUUCAAACAGCCAUUUCAGAGAUAAUAGAAAAUCAAAUGUCAUCUUCUUCAGGUGCUGAGGGUGGCAGUGGCAUUUUUUGUCCAUCUGGAUCUGGUGCAUCUGGAACAAGUGCUGGCAACAGCGGAGGAGACGACGGGGAUAAACCUCCUUCGAGUCCAUUAAGCAGCAAUGAUGUCAUGGAAGACGACGACGAAGAAGAAGACUCUAUUUCACUUGAUUUCUUGACGACAGUACCAUUGGUUACCAGUUCUGUUCCAAAAGGGAGGAGCCCUGCUCAUCGCCAUAUUCGACAUCAGCGCAAUGCUAAGCGGAUACUUGACUCUUGGAUGGCCGAUGAUGAACCAGUGCAGCCACACAGCGAUGCACAUGCCGAAAUUUAUUUCACGAAAGUUAAAAGUCGGUUGGAACAAUCAAAUCCCGUGGCGUUUAAAGAAAUGUGUUCUAUUAUGGGCCAAUUUCAAUCGAGUUCUAAUUCGUUCUUGGAGUUGUACAGAAAAAUCGAGUAUAUUUUGAAAGAUAACAUGGAUUUGUUGGAAGAGUUUAUUCUCUUUUUAAGUCCAAAGGCAGCUGCUCUAUGUGGAGUACAGUUCCAACAUUUUUUGUACGUCCGAAUGCGCGAGUUUUUCUCAAAACUGAAGAUUCAUUUCAAAGAUAGCCCUUCACAACUCAAGCGAACUCUGAAGACCCUUCAGCAAGUGGAAAGCAGUGCGUCACCCAACAUAAACGACAUAAAAAAUGCUAUUCUUCCUCUGCUCAAAGGAAACGCUCAUUUAACGCAGGUUUUUCUUCAGCUUUUUCCUGAUGAUGUACCACCUCCAAGCUAAACCAAAACUUUUGUGAAAAUAGAGAAAACUCAUUUCAAACAAAACUUGCUCCUUGAUUAUA